AUGUCUGGCUGGGCGCGUGCGCUGUUGCUCGCGGCCGUCCUGGUCGUCAUGGCGUGCCUCGUCCCCGCGGCGACGGCGAGCCUGCAUGCGGAGGAGACGCUGACGUCGCAAUUCGCAGAAUUCAAGCAGAAGCAUGGCAGGGUGUACGAGAGCGCCGCGGAGGAGGCGUUCCGCCUGAGCGUGUUCAGGGAGAACCUGUUUCUUGCGAGGCUGCACGCCGCGGCAAACCCACACGCGACCUUCGGCGUCACGCCCUUCUCGGACCUCACGCGCGAGGAAUUCCGGUCCCGCUACCACAACGGCGCGGCGCACUUUGCGGCGGCGCAGGAGCGCGCGAGAGUGCCGGUGAAGGUGGAGGUAGUUGGCGCGCCCGCGGCAGUGGAUUGGCGUGCGAGAGGCGCCGUGACAGCCGUCAAGGACCAGGGCCAAUGCGGUUCGUGCUGGGCCUUCUCCGCCAUUGGUAACGUUGAGUGCCAGUGGUUUCUUGCCGGCCACCCGCUGACGAACCUGUCGGAGCAGAUGCUCGUGUCGUGCGACAAAACGGACUCUGGCUGCAGUGGUGGCCUGAUGAACAACGCCUUUGAGUGGAUUGUGCAGGAGAAUAACGGCGCCGUGUACACGGAGGACAGCUACCCUUAUGCGUCGGGCGAGGGGAUAUCGCCGCCGUGCACGACGUCAGGCCACACGGUGGGUGCCACGAUUACCGGUCACGUUGAAUUACCUCAGGACGAGGCCCAAAUAGCCGCAUGGCUUGCAGUCAAUGGCCCGGUUGCCGUUGCCGUCGACGCCAGCAGCUGGAUGACCUACACGGGCGGCGUUAUGACGAGCUGCGUCUCCGAGCAGCUGGAUCACGGCGUUCUUCUCGUCGGCUACAAUGACAGCGCCGCAGUGCCGUACUGGAUCAUCAAGAACUCGUGGACCACGCAGUGGGGCGAGGAAGGCUACAUCCGCAUUGCAAAGGGCUUGAACCAGUGCCUUGUCAAGGAGGAGGCGAGUUCCGCUGCCAAGCAUGGGUUUUUUCGUAUUUUUUCUAUUGUUGUGGUUUUAGUUUUGGUGUUUUGUGUUUGUGGCGUUUUUUUUUGUUUUUUUUUUUUUUUUGACGUGUUUUACUUUUUACUGGGUAUUUUUCUUUCAUUGUUUUUGUGUGUGUUUGUGUCUGUGUGGGUGUGCUGGCUGCUGUGCUUCCUUUGCCGUACUGCUUUUGUGAUGAUUAUUUUUUUUUUUUUUUUUUUUUUUUGGGUGGGGGGGGGAUAUUUUUGUAGGUGUGAGGUUCAAGCUUAA